UUUUUUUUUCUUCUCCGCUCUUCGCCCUUCUUCCUCUUUUUUGUAUUAACAUUGUAAAGUACAUGUACUCUCGGAUCCAUCAUUUUCAUCUUUGAAUAAAAAGAAUCCGCAUCCCACUCUCUUCUCUCUCUUCUUUUUUCUCUCUUUUCUCUUCUCUCUUUGCACCUGUCCUUUCAGUUUACUGAUUGCCAUCGCUCCCUUCCCCCUCACGAGGUUCCUUUCCUCUAUUUUUUUUCCUACGACUCUAAAGUUGCUGGUGUUUCAACUGAGGCACCCUCUCGUGCACCUUUAAUUCCCUUCUCCUUUAAUAUAUACAAAAACAUAUAUACAUGUCUUUCUUUGAGAGACUGAACCGUAGCGUGGCAGAGUCCCGCAUCGGCAAGUACUUCCGUCUUGAGGGUUCUGGCGCUCGUCGUGAACGUGCUGGAUCCAAGUUCACGACCGAACUCCGUGCUGGUCUUACUACCUUUGUCACCAUGGCUUAUAUUAUCUCAGUCAACUCAUUAAUUGUCACUGAUUCUGGUGGAACGUGUGUCUGCAACAAUGGAGGCAAUGCCACGGAUGUGGGAUGCUUUACUGACCCAGGUUAUGCAGACUGUCUGGCAACUUUGAAACUUGAUAUGGUCACGGCCACAGCCGCUAUUGCCUGCUUCUCUACAUUGCUCAUGGGUUUGUUUGCCAACUUGCCCAUUGGUCUUGCUCCCGGUAUGGGUCUGAAUGCCUAUUUCACUUACACUGUCGUUGGAUUCCAUGGAUCAAAUAAGAUCUCGUAUGAGACUGCUGUUGCUGCUGUCUUCAUCGAAGGUAUCCUAUUCAUCCUGUUAUCGCUUUUUGGAAUCCGUCAAUGGCUUGCUCGUCUGAUCCCUCAAUCUAUCAAGAUUGCCACUGGCGCUGGUAUUGGAUUAUACUUGGCUUUCAUUGGUUUCCAAUCAUCUGCUGGUAUUGGCCUCAUCGGCGGUGACAAAGCUACAUUGGUUGCACUUGCAGGAUGUGUCAAGGAUGGUACAGGUGCCUGCAUUGAGGGCACACAAAUGCGUGGUCCUACAACCUGGAUGGGUAUCUUCGGUUUGGUGAUCAUUGGUGUCUGCCUUCUGUUCCGUGUCAAGGGUGCAGUCUUGGUCGGUAUUGUGACAAUUUCAAUCCUCUCUUGGAUCCGUGGCACAACCUUCACCUACUUCCCUUAUUCGGAUGCUGGCAACGCCUCGUUCGAUUACUUCAAGAAGGUCGUGACCUUCCAUCCUAUCCAGACUACUAUUGGCAAGAUGGACUUCCAACUCAACAACUCAGAGGUUUGGAUUGCUUUGAUCACGUUCCUCUAUGUCGAUAUCAUGGACACCACCGGAACUCUGUACUCAAUGGCCAAAUUUGGUGGCUACAUGUACAAGAACGGUGACUUUGAUGGCUCAACUGCUGCAUUCCUUUGUGAUGCCACCUCCAUCGUUGUCGGUGCCGUCUUUGGUGUGCCCCCUGUCACUGCUUUCAUUGAGUCUGGUGCUGGUAUCACUGAAGGAGGCCGUACUGGUUUGACUUCAAUCACCACUGCCUUCUUCUUCUUCAUCUCGCUCUUCUUCUCUCCAAUCUUUGCCUCCUUCCCUCCAUGGGCUACUGGACCUGCUUUGAUCGUUGUCGGUUCUAUGAUGGUCAAGUCUGUCCGUUCCAUUAACUGGGAUUAUGUUGGAGAUGCCAUCCCAGCAUUCUUGACCAUUGCGCUGAUGCCCUUGUCGUACUCAAUUGCCUAUGGUCUUAUUGCUGGUGUUGGUUCCUAUGCUGCCAUCAACGGUAUUGUUUACAUCUUGGAGUUGAUCUCUGGUGGACGUAUCUCACCCGAGGAUAAGGAUUUGAAGGAACCAUGGAUCAGCGAAAGCUUUACUUGGCAGAACGUCUUGCCCGGCUGGAUCCAGAAGCUGAUCUGCAAGAUGCGUGGAGAGAUCUAUGUAGAUCCUUUGGAUGUGAUCGAAGAGGAGGAACGCUUGGAGCGUGAGGCUGCCGCUGCUGCUGAAGAGCAUGAGUCCAAGAUUGAUAUGGGAGGACAUCAUGAAAUCCACAAGUACUAAAAAAAAGAGGGAA